AUGUUCUCAAAUGUAGUAAGAAAAUGAAAGGAUAAAGAAAUCAGGAUAAUGGAUUUAUAAAAGUAUUUUCUAAUUUUUAAAUUUUUUCUUCAAUAAUCAAGAAGAUCUCCUUGGAUUUUAUAAUAAAAACAAUCUCCUCGAUGGAGACGUCCUUUUGCGAAUUGGAUCUGCAUGCUUUAUCCAUAUUGAAUUAGCUGACUUCCUAAUACUCUGUUUGUAGAAGAAGAAACUGAGAAGAGCUUAAGGGAAAGAAGAAAAGAUGGCCAUUGGAUACACUUCUUCGAGCGUCUUGCUUUAUCUACUUCUUGUGAUGAGCUCUCAUGGAAUUGGAGCCAUGAAGAUGAUUCCCAAAGAUGAUCUGGUCGAUGAUCAUCACAAUGUGAUGAAUGCUUUAAAAUAUCCCAUGAUUGAUAACCAAGACGAUCAUGCUCAUGCUCAUAAUGAGAUACAUACAGAUCAUAUUCAUGAUCAUUCAGCAUCACACAUGGAUCACAUAGACCCUUCACUAAUUGUGUUCUUCUUUUUGGAAGACCUAAAGGUAGGAAAAAGAAUUCCCAUUUACUUCCCAAAGAGAGACCCUUCUUCCUCUCCUCAUUUCCUACCCAAAGAGGAAUCCGAUUCCAUUCCUUUCUCACUAGAACAACUUCCAAAUCUUCUUCGAAUCUUUUCCUUCCCUCAAGGCUCUCCACAAGCCCAAGCCAUGGAAAGCACACUUAGACAAUGCGAGGUCAAACCCAUCAAAGGAGAGUCAAAAACAUGUGCCACAUCAUUAGAAUCCAUGCUUGAUUUCGUACGUGCCAUGCUCGGAUUAGAGAGCGAAUUCAAAGUUGUAUCAACUAUCCACUUCACAGAAUCAACCACCAUUCUUCAAAAUUACACUAUCCUAGAAGAUCCUCUAGAAAUUUCUGGUCCCAAGAUGGUGGCAUGUCAUACCAUGCCUUACCCAUAUGCGAUUUUCUAUUGUCAUUACCAAGAGAGCGAAAGCAAGGUCUUUAAAGUCUUUUUGGGGGGUGAAAAUGGAGACAGGCUUGAAGCGGUUGCUGUUUGUCACAUGGAUACCUCUCAGUGGAGCCCUAGUCAUGUGUCCUUUCAAGUACUGGGAAUUGAGCCAGGGUCCUCCCCGGUUUGCCAUUUCUUCCCAUCUGAUAAUCUUGUGUGGAUUGCAUCAUCUACUUUAAUUAGUUAUAUGUAGUUUGCAUGUAAUCACUGAGAUCCUUGCACUUUGAUUUACAAUCUUACUUGUGUGCAUGUCCAGUGAAACGAAUAUCGUGUUAUGCAAGUGUUUUAUGAUUUAAGAAUGUCUGUAAUAAAAUAAUUGGGACCAAAGACCGCUAUUUCUGCUUCUAUCUUUCUAUUUUGUUGCAGUUUCUUAUACUAAUUAGUCUUAUUCAGUUGGU